AUGAUUUUAAUAUUCAUAUCACUAAUAGUGGCUGCGGCACCACAGCCUAAGGAGAAAGAAGUUGAUUUGAUGAAAGAUGGUGGACUGGAAUACUUCAUCAAGGACAUUGGAAAGAGUGGUCUAGGAAUAUUUGGUGACUAUAAACGGUUGAUGGAAGCAGUUAAAAAGUAUGAUUUGUACAUACAGAAGCACAUACCAAAUGAGAAGCUGAUUCUGAGAGAGAAUAGCAUCAAUGGAAAAUACCAAAUUAAGAUAGAGAUUGGUUCUGAGGCAAAAUACGUUAAUGACAUUUGGAAAGCAGCAAAAUCAGGUGCACUUAAUCACCCUAAUAUCACUAGGGUAUUUGCAUCCCAUAAUGAAGUAUAUGGACACAAAGAUAGGGAUGAACAAGUUGUUGUAAGCAUGGUGUGUAUGGAAUUACCACAGUUGUACGUAACAGAGGAGCAUAUUAAUCAGGAUGAAAGCAGACUACGCAAUAUGGUACGUGAUAUUCUACUGGGAAUGGAAAUGAUUCAUGAUUCAGGAAUAGUGAUCAACAAUAUUGCACUAGAGAAUGUAGUAGGAUCAAUUGAUUUGGCUGGUAGAAAAACGUAUAAACUAUUUGGAUUUGAUGGAGCAGUUGAUAUCUGCACUAAUAAAUCAGUGAUUCAUCCUGAUUCACAAUCAGUGAAGUAUCACGAUGAAGAUAGCCGUAAUAACCUACUGUCUCAGGCUCGUGACAUCUACGACCUGGGAAUAAUGAUAUAUUGGAUAAUGAGAAGAAGUGAUGAAACAUUCAACCAAUCAGUGAUCAGACAAAUUGGUCAAAUAAGCUACGUAUUCAAGGAGUCAAUUACCGAAGAGUGUAAGGAUUUCAUAGUUCAGGCAACUUCUUAUAGCAAAGCAGGUAGAGCAGGAUUAGAGGAGCUAUUAUCACACCCAUUUAUCACAGGAAAACCAAUGAGACAACAGGAAUGA